CAUCAGUGAGGUUGGCCGUUAUUCUUUCCGGCGCACAACAUCGCGAUAUUGACUCAAUGGCGCCCGAACUCAGGAAGAGAAAGGUCGCUCCCGACGCUCAAAAGAGCAACGGGGCCGCAACCAAGGCCGUCGCGAAGCAGACCAAGACGAAGCGCAAGGCUGCUGAAGAUGCCUCUCCGGUAUCUUUAAAGAAGCAGAAGUCGACAAAGAAGGCGGAGGUCGCGGAGAAGCCCAAGAAGGCAGAUAAACCCGGGAAGGCAGGAAAGCCCAAGAAGGCUUCAAAGCCUGCGCCGACUGAGGAAAAGGUCGAGGGCGAGCCGGCCGACGGCAACUCGGAAUCAGAAGAGCAGCAAGAGGAUGGCGGCGUUCUCCUCUUAGCCGAUGAGCUGGACUCGGAGGACGAGGAGGGCGCGGACGAGGCGGCCGAUUUCAAGCCCGGGCAAGACGUGGGCAAGGUGCCGGUCAUUUCCAAGGAGGUGAUGAAGGCCGCCAAGGCGCCGACGGGCGAGCGCGGCGUCAUCUACAUUGGCCGCAUUCCCCACGGUUUCUACGAGCACGAGAUGCGGCAGUACCUGACGCAGUUCGGCCCAAUCACCAGGCUCCGUCUGUCGCGCAACAAGAAGACGGGCGCCAGCAAGCACUUUGCGUUUGUCGAGUUUGAGGAGGAGUCGACAGCCGAGAUUGUAGCCAAGACGAUGGACAACUACCUGCUGUUCGGGCACAUUCUCAAGGUCAAGGUGGUGCCCAAGAGCCAGAUACACGAGGACCUCUUCAAGGGAGCCAACCGGAGGUUCAAGAAGGUGCCCUGGAACAAGAUGGCGGGUCAGAAGCUGGCCAAGCCGCUGACAGAGUCAGCUUGGGCGUCCAAGAUGGAUAGGGAGCGGGAGAGUCGCGCUAAGAAGGCUGAGAAGCUCAAGGCCCUGGGUUACGAGUUCGAAGCUCCUGUGCUCAAGGACGUGCCGGCGCCGCUGCCUGUCGAGAACGGCAAGGCUGCUGAGCCCAAGGCCAUUGAGGCGGCCCCGGUAGCCGACGAGGCUGACAAGGAGGCGGAGGUCGAGGAGCCGAAGGCCGAGGCGAAGACGAUAUCCGCACCCAAGGCCAAGGCAACCAAGGCGAAGACGUCAAAAGCCAGCAAGGGGAAGAAGUCAAAGGCCUAGAGGGCUUCUCUGUAAUUCAAGCACAAUUUAUCGUGGGCGCAUGCGGCGUAAUGUUUUCUUCUCAUUCACGAAGUUUACGGGAUCGAUCUGCUACGACUUGGUAUCCGAGAAUUUUCUCUUGUUUGCAUGUACGCGCAUAAGCGAACCC